AGGGGUGGGUCUCUAUUAAAAUUCGUCGUUCAAAAGUAAACGCGUUGACGGCAGUGUUACGUUGCUUAUCUGUUUAGCGGCAGCCGAUUAGUGGCGGCAAAAAUGAGAUUGUGCCUUCAUUAAAAUCGAUAUAGUUCAAGUUCUAAAGUUCUAAAUAUUAGUUAUAUAUAUACAAUAUGGAUGAUAAACAGCAAUAUGCGGUUGCGCCUGGCGCGCAGUCCUUCGACGAGACGCCACACCCGCCAAUACCUUCCUGCGAUCUCUACGAUCGUCAAUUCAGAGACCACACAGACGGUAAUACCGAAGACGAAGAAGAGAUGGAUGCCGCCGAGAGGGAGUUAGCCGACGACGCACCAUGGAAGAGAAUUCAGCAAAAUACUUUUACCCGUUGGGCCAAUGAACACCUAAAAAACGCGGAUCAAUUUAUUGAAACAUUAGAAUCUGAUUUAAGCGACGGGCUUAAAUUGAUUGCAUUAAUUGAAGUUUUGUCAGGAAAAAAAGUGAAACGAUAUAACAAGAAACCCACUUUCAGAUCCCAAAAAUUAGAAAAUGUUUCAGUUGCCAUGAAAUUUCUAGAAAAUGAAGGAAUACGGAUAAUCAAUAUUGAUUCUACAGAUAUUGUCGAUUGCAAGUUAAAAUUGAUACUUGGUUUAAUAUGGACUCUUAUUUUGCAUUAUGCUAUAUCAAUGCCCAUGUGGGAAGAUGAAGAUGACAUACCUCAUACUGGCUCAGGUCCCACACCUAAACAACGGCUAAUGCAUUGGAUCCAGAAUAAGGUACCUGAAUUACCUAUUCAGAACUUCACUACUGAUUGGAAUGAUGGUAGGGCGGUCGGCGCCUUGGUAGAUGCGGUUGCUCCAGGUCUUUGUCCAAACUGGCAAGACUGGAAUCCCAAGGAGGGAAUCAAAAACGCCAAAGAAGCCAUGGGUUUGGCUGAUGAUUGGCUGAAUGUACCAAAAUUGAUAACACCCGAAGAAAUGGUAAACCCUAAUAUUGAUGAGCAGUCGAUGAUGACAUAUCUAUCUCAAUAUCCCAAUGCUAAGCUAAAGCCUGGAGCACCAGUAAAAGCCCAGCCAGCAGGCGGUAAAGUUCGAGUAUAUGGCCCUGGAGUAGAACCAUCUGGUAACCUUGUUGGAGCUCCUACUAAAUUUACUGUAGAAACAUUCUCAGCUGGAAAAGGUCAGCUUGAGGUUCGCGUAGAAAAUCCUAACGGUCAAAUAAUUCCUUCAGAAGUCAAAUUUAAUAAUGAUAGAAACAUGACAUAUACAGUUACAUACACCCCAAAACAAGAGGGUAAACAUAAAAUUAUGGUGAAAUAUGCAGGAAAUGAAGCACCCAGAAGUCCAUUCUUUGUAAGUGUUGAAGGACAAGCAGGAGAUCCUACGUUAGUAACUGCAUCAGGUCCUGGGCUUUUACCUGAUGGAGUUUUUGUUGGAAAACCAACAUACUUUGACAUAUUUACUAAAAACGCAGGACCUGGUGUACCGGAGGUAAUAAUUUUGGAUCAAGCCGGUAACAAAAAUUCUGUUCAAUGUAAAGUUAAACAAACUGCACCAGGUGUUUUCCGCUGUGAAUACGUAGCUAGUACUGUUGGAUUACAUUCUGUUAAUGUAUUCUUCAGUGGACAACUAAUUCCAAAAAGUCCUUUUGGAGUCAAGAUCACUUCUGCAUCCGACGCAAAGAAAGUUCGAGCAAGCGGCCGUGGCUUACAACCUCAAGGCGUUCGUGUUGGCGAUGUUGCUGACUUUAAAAUAUUUACUGAAGGUGCCGGUGAAGGUCAACCUGAUAUUCGCAUAAUUGGGCCAGGAGGAAUUAACGAGCCAGUUAAAUUACAAAAAAUGGAUGCUACGACCUAUUACGCUGCUUAUUAUCCUAAAAAGGAAGGUCGCUAUAUUGUAAUGAUUACUUAUAAAGGCCAAGAAAUUCAAAAGUCUCCAUUUAAUGUUAAUGUUGGUCCCAAGAAAGAGACAGCCAUUCGAGCUUUUGGGCCAGGUUUGAAAGGAGGUAUGACUGGACAUCCAGCUGUAUUUACAGUUCAAACGAAUGGAGAAACAGGUGCUUUGGGUUUCAGCAUUGAAGGGCCUUCUCAAGCUACUAUCGAAUGCCAUGACAAUGGCGAUGGUUCUGCUAAUGUAUCAUAUUUACCAACUGCGCCUGGUGAAUAUGCUGUGCAUGUGCUGUGUGAUAAUGAAGAUAUUCCCGAAAGUCCUUAUAUUGCUCAAAUUGUACCGAAAAUAAAUGAAGUUAUGCCAGAAAAGGUGGAAGUUUAUGGUCCAGGCGUUCAGCCAACAGGUAUAUUAAGAGGAAAACCAACAGAAUUUACAGUAGAUUCAAGAAAAGCUGGCAAGGCUCCAUUGGAAGUUGAAAUUAUUGGAGCGAAUUGUCAACCGAUUCCAGUUACCGCAACAGAGCAACCAGAUGGUACUGUAAAAUGUCAAUAUACGCCCAAAGACAAUGCUUUACACACAGUGCAAGUAAACUUUGGUAGUGUUGCAACGAAAAAAUCACCAUAUAGGGUGCAAGUUAGCGAUCCAAUAGAUCCCACUAAAGUUCAAGCUUUUGGCCCUGGUCUCGAACCCGGCGUUAAAGCUAAUGUACCAACACACUUUAAUGUUGAUGCUCGAGAAGCUGGUGCUGCUGAUUUGAAAGUUGACAUUAAAAAUGAUGCAACAAAAGCAAACGUUCCUAUUCAAUUGACAGAUAAUGGUGAUGGAACAUAUUCUGCCGAUUAUGUUGCUCCAGAACCCGGAAACUAUACGGUAAAUCUUACUUACGGUGGAUUAAAAGUUCCACAAACACCUAAAGUUAACGUUCUUCCAAGUGUCGAUGUUUCUAAAAUCAGAGUUGACGGAUUAGAACCAAAAGUAUAUACUGAUUGCCCAACGGCCUUCGUUGUUGAUACAAGAGCUGUAGAAAAAACUCCACAACCUGGCAAAGUACAAUGUGGAAUUACUGGACCAACUGGGCGUAAAGUCGAUACUUUCAUUGCUCCUCUUGGUGAUGGAACGCAUAGAGUUGGUUACACACCCUUUGAAGACGGUCCACACAACGUAGAAGUUUUCUAUGAUAAUCUUCCUGUUAAAGGUUCACCUUUCAAGGUACAGUCAACAAGAGGCUGUGAUCCCAGUAAAUGUCGUGCUUAUGGUCCUGGUCUUGAAAAUGGAGUCGUGAAUAAAUCAAAUAUUUUCACAGUCGAAACUAAGGGCGCUGGUACUGGAGGCUUGGGAUUAUCCAUAGAAGGUCCUUCUGAAGCAAAAAUGACUUGCAAGGAUAACCGCGAUGGUUCCUGUUCGGUGGAAUAUAUACCUACAGAAUCCGGUGAAUAUGAUAUUAGCAUCAAAUUUGCAGAACAACACAUACCUGGUUCACCAUUCAGGGUGAAUGCUGAUGUUGAUAUUGAUGCUAGCCAUGUACAUGCUUAUGGACCAGGUUUAGAGCCUAUGAUGGUUAGAGCGGGAGUUCCAGUUUCAUUCACCGUAGAUGCUAGCAAAUCUGGCCCUGCACCGCUUGGUGUAAAUAUUACUGCCGAUCAUAAACCGCUUCCAAAGAAGCCAGUCGUUAAAGACAAUGGGGAUGGAACAUAUGAUGUCACAUAUGUUCCUCCAGCUGAGGGUGCAAAUCUUCAAGCAAAUGUCACGUAUGCCGGUAAAGACAUAUCUUGUAGUCCAUUUGUUAUGAAGGUUCGACCAUCAGUCGAACCUGAAAAGGUAGUUGUUACUGGUCCCGCAGUAUCACCCAAGGGUGUACCUGCUUCUUUGCCAACAACAUUUACUAUCGAUGCCACAAAAGCUGGCUAUGGAGAUUUGGAAGUACAAGUUCUUGGACCGGAUGGAUAUCCACGCGCAGUAACCGUGACUGAUAAUGGAAAUGGUACUUACAAUGCAAACUUUGUACCGGAUGACUGCGGUCGCUAUAAAGCCAGCGUCAAGUAUGGAGGAAAAGAGGUUCCACAUUCUCCAUUUAAUAUUCAAGCUGUGGCAACUGGACACGCUGAAAAAUGUAAAAUUACUGAGGGUAUACAAAAAACCUUAGUUAGUGGUGAAGAAUACUGCAUAACUGUAAAUACUGAAAAUGCCGGAUAUGGUGCUGUAACAUGUAAAAUUCGUUCCACAACGGGUAAUGAUCUAAAUAUAGACAUUAAAGAAAACGGCGAUGGUACUGUAAGUAUUUUCUAUACAGUACAAGACGUUGGUGAAUAUACUUUGAGUGUUAAAUUUGGCGGACAACCAGUUCCAGAAGGUUUCUAUACAUUCAAGUCAGAAGAAGCGCACGAAAAAAGUGUUGUUAAAUCUUCUACUACGAAAACUUCUCAAUCUCAUAGUAUGAGCAGAACUGAAAGUAUUUCUCAUUCUGAAUCGGUACAAAGUUCAAUGACUGAAUCAAUAUCUCAAAAAACAUCUUAUAGGGCUGUACAGUUAAACAACAUUCCGUUGCCCUCUACUGGCGGAACUGUCGUAGCAGAAGUGCAAUUACCAAGUGGUAAAAAAGAUAAACCUUUGAUCAUUAAUAAUAAAGAUGGUACAGUAAGCAUUAAGUAUGACCCUCAUGAACAGGGUCUGCAUUCACUCACUGUGAAAUAUAAUGGUGAAGAUGUGCAAGGGUCUCCAUUCAAAUUUUAUGCAGACCCAAUUGCGCCAGGCUACGUAACUGCAUAUGGGCCAGGUCUUACGCAUGGAAUUAGUGGCGAGCCUGCUAAUUUUACAAUUUCAACAAAAGGUGCAGGACCCGGUGGACUAUCUAUGGCUGUUGAAGGGCCUAGCAAAGCUGAAAUUAGUUGUCACGAUAAUAAAGAUGGUACUGUUUCAGUAUCUUAUUUGCCCACAGCACCUGGUGAAUAUAAAGUUUCUGUUAGAUUUGCAGACAAACAUAUUCGGGGUUCUCCAUAUGUUGCUAAAGUAACAGGAGAAGGUCGAAAACGAAACCAAAUUUCUGUUGGAUCAUGCAGUGAAGUAUCAUUUCCUGGUACCAUAUCUGAUGCUGAUAUAAGAGCUCUUAAUGCAUCUAUUCAAGCUCCUAGCGGUUUAGAAGAACCCUGUUUUCUUAAACGUUUGACAACUGGAAAUAUUGGAAUUUCUUUUACACCUCGCGAAGUAGGAGAGCACAUAGUUUCAGUUAAAAAGGGAAACAAACAUAUUGCUAACUCUCCAUUCAAUAUUAACGUUGGAGAGCGAGAAGUCGGUGAUGCCAAGAAAGUUGUAACAAAUGGUAAGGCAUUGAAAGAAGGAAAAACACAUCAGGAAAAUACAUUUACUGUUGAUACCCGAAAUGCGGGUUAUGGAGGUUUAUCUUUAUCUAUUGAAGGUCCUAGCAAAGCUGAGAUCAAUUGCAAGGACAACGAUGAUGGCACACUAAAUAUAUCUUAUAAACCUACUGAACCUGGAUUUUAUUUAGUAAAUCUUAAAUUUGCCGAUCACCAUGUUGAUGGGUCACCUUUUACAGUUAAAGUCACAGGAGAAGGAUCAAACAAACAACGCGAAAAUAUUCAACGGCAGCGAGAAGCUGUUCCUGUAACUGAAAUUGGCAGUCAAUGUAAGUUAACAUUCAAGAUGCCAGGAAUUACAUCUCGCGACUUAGCUUCAACAGUAACUAGUCCAAAUGGAGUUACAGAAUCCGCACAAAUAAAAGAAGUUGAAGAUGGACUAUAUGCAGUGAACUUUGUACCAAAGGAACUUGGCGUGCACACUGUUUGUGUAAAAUACAGGGAUAUGCAUAUUCCUGGUUCUCCUUUCCAAUUCACUGUUGGGCCGCUAAGAGAUGCCGGUGCGCAUCUUGUUAAAGCUGGAGGUUCUGGUCUUGAACGCGGUGAACAAGGUAAAAUAGGAGAAUUUAAUGUUUGGACCCGCGAAGCAGGCGGCGGUUCUUUGGCCAUUUCAAUGGAAGGGCCUUCAAAGGCUGAAAUUGAUUUCAAAGACCGAAAAGACGGUUCAUGUGAUGUAGCAUACAAAGUUUCUGAGCCUGGUGAAUACAGGGUUGCAAUUAAAUUUAAUGACACUCAUAUACCUGAUUCCCCUUACAAAGUAUACAUUUCUCCUGCUGUUGGAGAUGCGCAUAAAUUAGAAGUAACAAACUUCCCGACAGGCAAUGUGAAGGCAGAUAAACCAAUGCAAUUCAUUGUUAAAAAGAAUGGCGCUAAGGGUGAUAUAGAUGCAAAGGUUGUUGCUCCAAGUGGCAAUGAAGAUGAUUGCUUUAUUCAACUAAUUGAUCAAGAUCGUUACUCUGUUCGAUUUAUGCCGAGAGAAAAUGGUAUUCACAGCGUUCAUGUAAAAUUCAAUGGUGUACACGUUACAGGUUCUCCAUUUAGAAUAAAAGUAGGAAAUGAUGAAGCUGAUCCGGCAGCUGUUAGAGCAUAUGGAAGCGGACUCAAAAACGCGAAAACAGGAAUGAAAUCUGAGUUUGUAGUGGAUACAAUUACAGGCAAUGCAGGACCAGGUACGAUGGCAGUAACAGUAGAUGGUCCUAGCAAGGUAACAAUGGAUUGCUCAGAGUCACCCGAGGGAUAUAAAGUAAGAUAUACUCCAUUGCUGCCAGGUGAUUAUUUUGUUUCUGUCAAAUACAACCAAAAUCAUAUCGCCGGUUCGCCGUUCCGCGUGCAUUGUGUUGGAGAUAAAUUGGCAGAUACAGGAUCUUCAGAAUCAUCUUCAGUAGUAGUAGAUACGACGAAAAAGGGUCAUGUGCAAAAGCAAGGUAGUUUCGAUUUCCAAUCGGAUGCGAAGAAAGUAACAUUGAAAGGUGCUGGACUUGAAAAGCCGUUCUUGAACAAACAAAACCAAUUUAUUGUCAAUGCUGCAAAGGCUGGCAACAACAUAUUAUAUGCUGGUGUCUACGGUCCACACGGACCAUGUGAUGAAGUCUAUAUCAAGCACACUGGGAAUCAUCAAUACACUGUCAGCUACUUGAUAAAAGAACCAGGAGAGUACAUGAUCACUGUCAAGUGGGGAGAUGAACACGUACCUGGUUCACCAUUUACAUUGUUCGCCUAAUGGACGUAUGCUCAAGACGCCCGACAAUAAUAAGUACUACGAAAUUUAGUCAUAUAUUUGUAUAAUUAUCAAUAUUGUUAACAUAUUCAAUGUUAUUGCUAUAAACAAAUAAGUCAGAUUUUGUCUGUCACUGCAUGGGAUAAUUAUGUUAUACGAAUAGAACUAAGAUUUUAAUUUGAUAUAGAACAUAUAUCAUGAAAUAUUUUAUAUUUAAUAUAUUUUUACUCGUCUGUUGCAUAUUUGCAAAGUGGCAGAUAUUUAUAUUUAUAUGCUAUUGUUAAAAAAGUUAUUUAAAUGAGAUUUUUUAAAGUAAUGAAAAAUUUUAAGCAGUGACCUUACUACUGUCAAUUUCAAUGUUAUUAUAAGUGCUAUUAUUCUAGAUAUUUGUAAUAUUAUAUAAAUAUAUUUUUACUCGUAAAAUUUUUUAAAUUGCAGUU